AUGGCCCCCAUCCAAGUCGGUAUCAAGUGAGUCGGUGACGCCCACUACUCGGUGCUCGGUGCUCGGUGCUCGGUGCUCGGUGCUGAGCUCAGGCGACGACGAUGGCUGACGCGCUGACGUUAUCCGUUCGAACGGCGACUGGCUGCGUCCCCCCUUCCCCCGCCCUCAGCGGUUUCGGUGAGCGUUCGAUCCCAUCGCAAUCGCAGCCACGUCGCAGCACUGGGUGGGAGCGCGAUCUGACCCACAACGCCAUCACGCUUUCCUCGUGCUUCGUGCUUCGUCUUGUCUUGUAUGUACAGGUCGCAUCGGUCGCAUCGUCCUCCGUAACGCCGUUAGUCCCUCCGAGCCUAUUCUAUUGGCCUCGGUCAGCUCAGCGACACAACUCUUGGCUGAAACCUCCCUGCCCGCUCUCUUGACCCCUGUGCCAUCAUCGUCGACCUCGCUCGACACCCCCAGUUGAUCCACAACGAUGUCACCGUCGUCGCCAUCAAGUAAGUAUCCGGCCUCUGUCCUUGUCGACGCGGGAAGAGCGGCGCGGAGUUGCGGCUCCACUUUUAGGGCCGGCCGUGUGUCUCUCUCGUUGGGCCCGCAGCUCCCGUCGGUCCCCCCGCCGCGGCUGACCGGUUCUUCCUUCUCGUGUGCAUCGUUUGUAGCGACCCCUUCAUCGACCUUGAGUACAUGGUACGUGCUCCCUCUCCUGCCUUUUCCCCACCGAGUCUCGAUGAUGCGGACCAAAGUUCUAUAAGACAUGACCUCGACUGACCUUUCUAUACCGCUCGAUUCGAUUACAGGUCUACAUGUUCAAGUACGACUCGACCCACGGCCGAUUCCAGGGCUCCGUCGAGAUCAAGGACGGCAAGCUUGUCAUCGACGGAAAGUCGAUCGCCGUCUUUAACGAGAAGGACCCCGCCGCGAUUCCAUGGGGCUCUGUUGGCGCUGACUACGUCGUCGAGUCGACCGGUGUCUUCACCACCAAGGAGAAGGCCGGCGCCCACUUGAAGGGUGGAGCCAAGAAGGUCGUCAUCUCGGCCCCUUCGGCCGAUGCGCCCAUGUAUGUCGUCGGUGAGUUCAUUUUCCGACUUUGCCAUUGCCCCGCCCAUGACAUUCGCACAGGUUCUAAUAAGAUCGGCUCCUAACGAACUAAUCAGGUGUCAACCUCGACAAGUACAACUCGGCCGACACCGUCAUCUCGAACGCGUCGUGCACUACCAACUGCUUGGCCCCCCUCGCCAAGGUCCUUCACGACAAGUUCACCAUCGUUGAGGCUCUCAUGACCACCGUCCACGCCACCACCGCCACCCAGAAGACGGUCGAUGGCCCGUCGAGCAAGGACUGGCGAGGAGGCCGUGGCGCCGCCGCCAACAUCAUCCCUUCGUCGACCGGUGCCGCUAAGGCCGUUGGCAAAGUCAUCCCCGACCUCAACGGCAAGCUCACCGGUAUGUCUUUCCGUGUCCCCACCUCGGAUGUCUCGGUUGUCGACCUGACGGCCCGCAUCGAGAAGUCGGCGUCCUAUGACGAGAUCAAGGCCGCCAUGAAGGAGGCUUCCGAGACCGUGAGUAUUGCUUGGAGUUUGCGCGAAACCUAUCCAAGAGAGAAAUUCUUCGAGGACUGAUGGCUUUUCCCUUCGUGCUCCUGCUCACAGUACCUCAAGGGUAUCCUCGACUACACCGAGGACGAGGUUGUCUCGACCGAUUUCCUCGGCUCCAACGCUUCGUCGACCUUCGACGCCAAGGCCGGUAUCGCGCUCAACAAGAACUUUGUCAAGCUCGUCUCGUGGUACGACAACGAGUGGGGCUACUCUCGCCGUGUCGUCGACCUCUUGGUUUACGUUAGUCUACUCUCCCCUGUGUUAAGCCCAUUACCCGCGCAGGCUUGCUGAUUCGUUCGCUUUUGCUCUACACUCGUACAGAUCGCCAAGGUCGACGCUGGCGCCAAGCUCUAA